UGAAGCCAUAUCACAGCUUCUCGAGUUAUAUUGUCCACAAACAGACACACAAAAAUACCAAAACCCGCUACAGAACCCUAGGAAAACGCCAUUUUCAAACGUGAACUGCCUUUUCGCAACCGCUACACACCUACAAAAUAUCGCCAAGAUCCAUCCACAACUUCUCGAGUUAUAUGAUGUUGACCUACAUACAGACCCAACAAGCUCUGGGUCCGUCGAUGUACGAGUAGGUUAGACAUCCAGGUAAUAAGAUACGCCCAAAAAGUAGUUGCUCAAGCAAUUGGAUAUGGUUUUGGAAACUGUCAGACGUUUCCGUUUCCAAAACCAUAUCCAGUUGCUUGAGUAACAACUUUUUGGCGAAAGCUCUGGGUCAACCGAUUGUAUACCCCUCUUCGCAAAGGCAAUCAAUGAAUCUACCUACUAAUCUGGAUCUCUGCCCCCCAGUCUUGCUGCACUCCCGCCCGGACCGCCACGCCAUCGAGUCGUUUCAACUGUCCGAGCAGCAGCGGCUGCAGCAGCUAGCCUGCCCCACAGCCCCUGGGGUAGCCUGCCCCACAGCCCCUGGGGUAGCUUGCGACACGUCCCCUGGGGGUGACCUGCCGGAGGACACUCAGCCUGACCAAGCACAGGAAAAGUCUGUGGUUGGAUCUUUUCUUAGAAUGCUCAUCCAUCCUGCUAGACAGCUGUUCAGCGGACAGGAUACCAGCUAGGGAGAGGCACUCGCCAUCUUGUGUCAGAAGAAACCUCCUGUUUUCUGCCAUUUUUAUUGCUUACAAGGAAAUUAUUUACUGUAGAUGUUCAGUGUGCAGACAAAGUUCUUUCUAUUGUCCUGUGAUAUUUUUGAAAGGCAUGACAGAACUAUGGAUGGUGUAUAUGUUUUCUACAAAACAAGGGACAUGUUGAUAUGAUUACUAUGUUAUACGUUUUGGAAACAUUUUUGAAUAACUGUCAAUGGAUAAAAUUAUUUUCAAGUACAUUGAGUCCACAAGUGUGUAUUUCAGAGUUGGAACGAACAGGAGCUGGAGUUCUUGUAGUUGUAUAUUUUUGUAAAAGUGCUCCUGAUGAAGGGACAGUAGAUAGGUAAGGCCUAGGAAAAAAAUGUUGUGUUUCCUGUUUCAGUCCUGAAAAAAUUAGGGCCGGUAAAUUGGGAUUCUUUUUUCUGGUAAUUUUUUUAGGCUGGCCAAAACUCUAGUGAGACAUAUUACAAGACAGUUGAACAAAGAUGAACUGAAAUG